AGGAAGGAGUUCUGAGCCGCUCCCACCUGGAGUGCCGAGUCCCGUCCUGGGCUCCUCAGCACCACAGAGACGUGCUGCUGCUGGAGCGGGUCCUGGAGAGGGCAGCGAAGGUGAUCAAGGCACUCUGGAGAGGAAAGGCUGAGGGAGCUGGGCCUGCUCAGUCUUGAGGAGAGACGGCUGAGAGGGGCCCUCAGCAAUGUCUGCAAGAACCUAAAGAGGCGAUUCCAAGAUGGAUCCAGGCUCUUCUUGGUGGUGCCAAGCCAUGGGACGAGAGGCAACGGGCAGAAACUGAUGCACAGAAGUUCCACCAGAAACAGUGUGAAGCUACUGGCUUGGUGGUGGAAUUUGACCUUGCUUUGGGUUGGGUGACUUCCCCAAGUUUGGAGCACCUGUACAUGGAAUAUGAUGAGGAUGAUGAUAUUUUCUUUGCAAAAUGGAUGAGCAGCUUCUGGGGCCACAACUUGAUCGAUGAGGAGAAUGAAGGCAGAGGCCACAAGAAACGUCAGCCACGAGUCUGGAGUGAAAGGAGAGCAUCCCUGCCGGCCAAGCUUUCCUCCCUCCAUACAACACGACUUCAUGCUUCUGCCAAAGGCUCAUCUUCAGGCCAUCUCAGGGGCUCCAAGGAAUUUCAAGAAGACCAAGAUGUCAAAUGCCACUGCCACAGGAAAGCAAGCAGAACACCUUCAGAAGACAGCUCAUGCCCAGAGACGAGCUCAAACUCCAUUCAGGAAUUUGCAGAAUCCUUUGGAAAGCAAUUGCAUCUCAAAAGCAAACGCUCAGUUUCUUUGCAACCUGAAGGUGCAAAAGAGAGACGAGAAAGAGAAAAAUUGCAUUUGAGAAAAACCAAGUCUUAUAAGAAAAUGGGAGAGAAAUCAGAGGCAAGGAGAGACCGGGAAGAAGCUGAAAGUUCAGAAGUACCUGCAAAACACAGCGAACAGUUUCCAUCACAAGCAAACAUUCAGAAAGGUUAUGUACGCACAGGCAGCUAGAAUGCAUAGAGAUAAUCAAUCUUAACACUCUCCCUGAAGAGCAGAGGGAGCAUUCUUGUUCUGUUUUGACUAGAAGAGGCCUAUUAGCUAGAAUAGCCCCUAAGUUGUAAAAUAAAAGUAAAAUUUAACUGCACCACUGUCACCAUGUUACUACCUUCCCUUCUUUACUUUUGUCAUUAAAAAUGUGACCUUUGUCAUAGGAAUGGAUCAGUAGCAAGAUCCAAGUUAGAGAUUAACCACCAUAAGAGGAUUUCAGGCAUAUUUAGCAUUGCAGCAGGACAGUGGUGGAUGUGUUCCUUUAAGAGGAGACCUCCAUCUAUGUAUUACAGAGCCAUGCAAAGCCUUAUGUUUCUUUUUUAAUUGAAAACAGGCUUUUUGGUGGGUUUGGGAAGAAAAAAGUACUCAUAAACAGCCAACUGCUUCCUGGCCCUGACAUUCAUUUAGAUUUGUCUUGGAAACAGGUAUCUUUUUGCUCUGAGAAUCUUUCAGCUCCAAAUUUAUGUAAGUAAGAGAAGAGAAGCCCAUGUUCUCUUCUACACCUCACUGAUGUCUCACUUCUCUCUGCUUUUCCAUCACUUGUUUUACUGGCAUCUCCCAGCCCUCUCCCAUGUCCUCAGUCCCAUUUCCCCAGUCACACAGCUAGUUCUUUCUCUCUACUUUAGCUUUGUUACCUUGCUUCUUUUGUGGCCUUUCCUCUCUCCAUUUACUAUUUUACUGCCUUGCAGCUGUAUCUUGCCUCUUGCUACAUCUCUACUUUUGCUUCAUCAACAUUUGAGCCUUGCUGAAAAUUCUCCGGUAAAACCAAGGACAUCCUGUCUCUCCUAUUUCCAUAGAGUCUCUUCAACGGGUUGCUGAGGCACUGCAACCCUUUUACUUUUCCAAAAUCUGGGCCAAACUGGUAAGCAGGACCUAGGAAAAUUCUGUUCCUCUGGCUGAGGAUCUUCUGAACACAGGUGUAAAUCUCAUCUCCACAUUCUCACAAACACACAUACUCCCACAAUCACCCCAUACCCUCCUUUCUUCAAAGUGCCAGUGUUCUCUGCAGAUACAACCCUGCUCUCCUUGGAAGUAGAGGCCUGUUAUGUUAUGUUAUGUUCCCAGGCCUGUUAUGGAGAAAGCCUGAUUUGGAUAAUACGGUUAGAGAAGAGUGAAGAUUAGUGAAGUCACAAACGAAAGUCAAGGUCUGAUGGGUAUUCUUCCUGUGAUUUUUCUGUAAUUAACUAAGAUCUUACUAAUUUACCUUAGAGCCUUACUUUUGAAUGUUCAGCCCUUUAAAAGCUUAGGGCAUCCUUAAAACUUUGUAACAGUUAUAUCCAUUAAGGGAUUCUGUUGUUUGGAUUUUUGUUUAGGGCUUUGGGGGUUGUAUAAGAAAGCAAUUGGACCCUUACUGAUGCUUGUAAAUUGCUUCUUGCCUGGUAACAUAUAUUAUAAACUAAUAAACCUUAAAAUGGAA